UAGAGAAAUAAAUUUUUAUUAAGUUCAAGAAUAUGGGUUCUUUUGUUCGAGUUCUGGGCUGUUCGAGGUUGAUCAGCAGAAUACCCGGAAGGGCUGUUAAAAGAAGUAUUCAGAGUCCCCAAGUAUGCCUUGGAUUCCACACAUCAUCCACCAAUAGAGAUUUGAUGGAGUUCUUCGAUGAUAAGAAGAACUGGGGUGAAUUGGAAGUAAAGACCGGACGUGCUUGGACGAAGGAUGAGCUGAGAAUUAAAUCCAAUGCCGAUCUCCACAAGCUCUGGUACGUCCUGCUCAAAGAACGCAAUAUGCUCAUGACAAUGGAGCAUGAGUGCAAUGAGCAAAUUGAACCCUUCCCCAGUCCAGAGCGCGUGGAUAAAGUUAAGAUCUCCAUGGAGAACCUCGAGAUGGUUAUCAGGGAAAGAAAUCGUGCCUACCAUCAACUGGAGACGGGAGAAACGGGCGAACGUCCCAGUCGUGUUAUCACCGACGUGCUGGGCCUGGAGAAGGAGGUGCAACUCAAUGAGUACGUUGUCCCUAAGACGGAGGCUGAUGAGAAGGUCGUGGAGCGCGUUGAGAAGGACACAAAGAGAUUCCUGUUGCUGUUGAAUGAGCAGAAAACCAUUGCAAGGACACGCGAGAGGCAGAGGAAUCGGAAUGAAGUCAUGCAUUUGCUCAGAAGAUUCCCGCAUCUGGACAAGAAAAUGCUGGCUGAGAAGUAUCCCGAUGUGGACAUAGAUAAGCUCCUGGAGAAGGAUAUGUGUCGUGGGCAUUAUGUUCCGAAUUCGCAGAAUUCAAAUUAGAGAGGCAAAAAACUAAACCAAUUUGUAGAUUCUGAAUAAAUUUCUUUAAGAAAA